AUGGGUUCCGCGGAGUCAAAAGAGGGAAUACCGGUAGGAGACGUUGCGUCAACCGUGCCUACAGAAGCGCAAAACAAACAGGGCAAUUGGGACAUCGAAUUUUCGAUCUAUUCGAAUAGAAUAGAGAGAGUUAACGUCAAAUUCAAGCGCAUUGUUGAGUACUAUCGCAAAGAAUUUCAAUUCUAUCAAAAACAUGGGGAUUUAUUGUAUCAAAUGUAUCAGCAAGUUUUGCAAAACCUGAAGCGAAACGAUCUAGAAUGGAAGGCCCAUUUUUCAGCUUCCCUAGACAUUCCUGAGGCAACACUGACACUCAAUUUUCAGCUUGAUGUGCGAAGAAAUGGGGAUUUCUGGCGAAUCGAGGGCUGUAACCUGGUCAGACUCAUCUACGAGAUCCCACUUUUUCUCCUCAACACCCAAGUUCUCUCAUUAUGGUUCUCCACCAAAGCUUCUGUAGUCUACACAUCUCCAUUUCCAAAUCCGUCUGAAGAACACAAAAAGCAUGUGAUCUCCUUAUGGAGUUCAGAGCCAUUCUCUAGAAAUGAAGCAGCACCAAAGCCAGUACACAAAUCUUCACCACAAAUCGAUCACGGAACGCAAACCGAAGAGAAUCUCGAAAUAGUCAAUGAUUUUGGUGAUAAAACGGAUUAUUUCCCUGGAAACUCGACGAUCGACGAAAUCUUACUAUGCAGUGUUUGUCAGAAACAAUUCUCAUCAGAUCGAUAUCCAGUUACACUUAUUCCAUGCGGGCAUUCAAUCUUCAAUUGUUCGGUUUGUGGACAAAGAAUCAAAAGCGGAGUGUUUUCGAAGACUUUAUUAGGUUUUGUUAAACUUUUCGAAGCACAGCCUGUUCAGUUAAUCAAUGAAGAAACAAAUAAUGAGGAAGAGAUCGCUGAAAAUGAAGUUCUAUCAAUGGAAAACGAGGAAAUUGUUAAGCCUCUAAAGGAGAAAAAGUUCGAUAAGGCAAAACUUUGCAUCACUGGACUACCGAAAGAUUUCACGGUGAACGAUGUUGUGAAUGGGCUUUUCGAGAGGUCUAAUGGGAUUGCACAUUGUGACGGACGCCCAGUCGUUUCCCUUCGAGUCACUGAUGACGACAAAUGGUUCUGUAUUGCUUACUUUAAUAGUAAAAAAAGUGCUGGAAAGGCUAAACUUAAAUGCGACUUUCAUUUGAGAGAGAAAUCACUUGCUGAUGCAACUGUGGACUUUUUAGAGAUCACUGAAGAGAAUGAGGAUUUGAUUUGUGAUCCUGUUAAAAUGGACGAGGAAUCGGCUUUAAACUGGGAGCCGAUGAUCAAGAAUUCAACGGUGAAAGAUGAAGCGCCAAAUGCUGCAGUUGAUGUUUCAGUGUUGAAUAAGAUUGAAUUUCAUAUAAAGCCAACGAAAGAUCUAAAUAAGAGGAAACUUUUCAUCAGCGGUUUACCAAGAGAAUAUCGAGAGUACCAUUCUCGGAAUGAGCUUUUCAGCGACGUCGAAUUGGUGACACAAAAUGACAAACUCCAAAUCUUUUUGAUGGACACAGGAGUGGCUCAGAAUUGUGUGGUUGAGCUGAAAAAUGAGAUCGAUGCAAAAAAGAUGAUCACGAGAUGGAACGCGCAAAUUAUGGAAAAUGGAAUGCGGCUGCUCGUCGAAUAUUAUGGAAAAGAUUAUCGGGAUUUUCGGAAAAAUUAUGCCUUGAUAGCAAGAGCGCCAAUCCAGCCGGUGGAGUUGCCCAAGGCACAGAAUGGAAUUCUUAAAACGGAAACGGGAUCGUCAGCAACUACAAGUUCUAAAAGCGAAGCGUCUCAAUCAAGCGCUUCAACCUCAAAAGCAUCAACAACUUGGACAAAUCUUGCGAUUUGUCCUGAAAAUAUGACAACAAGUGCUCUAUUCAUUAGUGGUUUGCCAAAGGGUUCAGCUGAGAAGAAGAUUUUGGAAACUUAUCUGAAUGGUGGAAAAGAUAUCAUGAAAGAAGGCGGAAGGUACAAGAUGAUCACAAAACGUGCAGGAGAUGGUGUCAAUUGUAUUGUGUAUUUUCAAAAGGAAGACGCUGCCAGACAGACAAUCACGAAAUGGAGCAACAAAGCGAUAUGCGGAAAUUCUCGACUACUUGUUGAAUAUUUUGGGAUCUCAAAGAGGGAUUUUGGGAUAAACUAUGGUGAUUUCGCUUUGCCUACAUUUAUGCAACACCCUGCACUUGCGAUGAUUGGGACAUGGGCAAACGGAGAGCGGGAAGAAUGGUUGGUUGUUCUUUUGGACACCACCGUUGAUGACCGCAUCCCAGAUCCGAAAGGAGAAUGGGAUAUCCGACUGCCUCUC